AUGACAUGCUGGGGUUUUUCAAUUCCUGCUUCAACUAGUGGGGCAGGCAGAGGAAACAGUGGGGCAGGCAGAGGAAACAGUGGGGCAGGCAGAGGAAACAGUGAAGCAGGCAGAGGAAACAGUGGGGCAGGCAGAGGAAACAGUGAGGCAGGCAGAGGAAACAGUGAGGCAGGCAGAGGAAACAGUGGGGCAGGCAGAGGAAACAGUGAGGCAGGCAGAGGAAACAGUGGGGCAGGCAGAGGAAACAGUGGGGCAGGCAGAGGAAACAGUGGGGCAGGCAGAGGAAACAGUGAGGCAGGCAGAGGAAACAGUGGGGCAGGCAGAGGAAACAGUGAGGCAGGCAGAGGAAACAGCGGGGCAGGCAGAGGAAACAGUGGGGCAGGCAGAGGAAACAGUGAGGCAGGCAGAGGAAACAGUGGGGCAGGCAGAGGAAACAGUGGGGCAGGCAGAGGAAACAGUGAGGCAGGCAGAGGAAACAGUGAGGCAGGCAGAGGAAACAGUGGGGCAGGCAGAGGAAACAGUGGGGCAGGCAGAGGAAACAGUGAGGCAGGCAGAGGAAACAGUGGGGCAGGCAGAGGAAACAGUGGGGCAGGCAGAGGAAACAGUGAGGCAGGCAGAGGAAACAGUGGGGCAGGCAGAGGAAACAGUGAGGCAGGCAGAGGAAACAGUGGGGCAGGCAGAGGAAACAGUGGGGCAGGCAGAGGAAACAGUGGGGCAGGCAGAAGAAACAGUGGGGCAGGCAGAGGAAACAGUGGGGCAGGCAGAGGAAACAGUGGGGCAGGCAGAGGAAACAGUGGGGCAGGCAGAGGAAACAGUGGGGCAGGCAGAGGAAACAGUGGGGCAGGCAGAGGAAACAGUGGGGCAGGCAGAGGAAACAGUGGGGCAGGCAGAGGAAACAGUGGGGCAGGCAGAGGAAACAGUGAGGCAGGCAGAGGAAACAGUGAGGCAGGCAGAGGAAACAGUGGGGCAGGCAGAGGAAACAGUGGGGCAGGCAGAGGAAACAGUGGGGCAGGCAGAGGAAACAGUGGGGCAGGCAGAGGAAACAGUGAGGCAGGCAGAGGAAACAGUGAGGCAGGCAGAGGAAACAGUGAGGCAUGGCUUACAAGAGUGUCCAAGAGAUGA